AUGGCAACCUUCCACAUAGAGAAGUCAGUAAUUGCCAAUGGCAGCUUGGGAACGGUGAAGGCGAUGAAGCGCUACUGGAACCAACCGGUGUCUGACAUGGAUGACAACUCGAACGCAUCAAAGUACACUUUACUGCAGAUGGCGCUGAUGCUGCAGAAGAAGAAAGUUGUCGAGUACCUCCUCCCACAACAAGAUCUUGACUUGAACACCAAGGCCACCGACGGCACCACGGCCUUGAUGACUGCAUGCGAUCAGCAGGCAAGAAUGAACAGUUCCAUGAGCGUGGCCCUCAGGCGAGUCCCAGAGUGGCCGCAUGUAGCGUGGCAGACCAGCUGCGUCUUGCCCCAUUUUUGCCCCAAUUUAGCCGUACGAUGCGCAUCAGGUCCCGUUAGACUGGUGUAUGACUUACUGGUCAAGUACGGAGCAACGCCGCGUCCUGAGAAGCCACCCACGCCUCCCCCAGAGCCAGAGCCAGCGACAUCCCCUGAGAAGCCAGAGGGAACCAAUGAAACAGGCACUAAGAGCACGACCCCGGAAAUCGUACUAAUGAAUGACGAUGCGCCCGGACUGGACCAACACCCUGGAUUCUGGCGCACUAUGUGCGGCUGUGGUGGCCGUUCACACAAGACGGAGGAAGUGCCCGCACUUCAGGAAUAG